CGACCUAGAGACGUUGGCUCGUGAUUCAAGUGCCAGGUUUUCAUUGGAUUUUUUUGAUUUUGUCAAGCCGUUUGGUAUCACGUGUUGUAACCACUUAUUUCAGUAGAACUUGUUUUGUCGUCUUCAAAUAACUAUUUGUUGUUCUGAAUCAAAAUAUUUACUACCUAACCGAUAAUAAUGUGGAAUUAUUCGUUUUCAGUAUGAUAAGAUGUUGUAGAGAUAAUGAUGAAUUGAUAGUUUGAGUUAUUUUUUGUCCUACUCAGAAUGUGCUCCCAAUGUUGCCGUCUUCGCUUGUCAUUUUCACACUGUCUGGCUAAUUGCAGGACCUUGUUCUCUCAUGUCCUUAAACAUUCGAUCGUAUAUCUUUACUGCUGUUGAGGAAUUCAAACCGUCUGUGUAUCUUCUGUGUGCUUUCAAUGUGUUUGAAAUUAUUGCCUAUUAGCCUUUUAGUUGACCUAGUUUCAGGAAUUAGGAAGUCUGUAGGCGUGUAUGGUGGCAGACUUGGGGUUACGGAACAAGUGCUACACUCCAUAUGGAGUGUGGCGACUCGAACUGCCUCACAUCGGUGCAAAGUCCUAUGUCGGAAACAGACAGACAGACGGAAUAAGUAGUGAGCAAGUUAAGGUGACAAGAAACUCGUUCAACCAUCAAGUUACCGAAAAAGGGUCUUAUCAACCCAGUUAUUUUCAACCCCUCGACAUUUCGACUCAUGUUUUACGCCUAUUUUUCUGUUGUAGUGGUUUUAAGUAUCUCUUCAGAUUGAUUUUAAAAAUAGAGUUUGUAAUUUGCAUCACAACUUAUGAUGAGAACAAGUGGAGCUGCAGAAAUGUGGCGUGCAUUAUCUAUAAAAUUAUGGUGCAACUAUAUCAGGCUACGGGCCGUGCUUAUGUUACUGAAAAGUGGUACUACCUUGUCUUUCAGGUUUCAUAAAUGGAAUAGAAUACAGAGGUGUAGUCUAUUGCUAGAAAGUCGUUUUGGUCGUGAUAGCACGUCGCUUUUGUGUUGUGAGAGGUUUAAUUUUUAGAAAUCAAUCAAAUCAAUAGGUCUUAAUGGACUGGUUGCCGACGUAAUUUCAGAAUGGAUGCAUGAGGUUCGUUUGGCAUUUUCGACUUAAUUCGCUUUUGGCUCUUACUUGAUACACAACUAUCAAACAACGGAUAUGUCUAGCAAUCUUCUGUUCUAUUUAAUGUCCAGGAAAUGACCGUUGAGGGUGGGAGGUUUAAAAAGGUAGGUAUUUUUCAGAAGUGCUUCCGCUCACUCUCGUGUUACCUGGAGCAAUAUGGUCAGUAGUAAUGAGGUCAGGCGUAGUGUUAAGUGAGGAGAAGUUUAUCGAUUACGUUGUGAAGCUCCGUUGACUGAGGACGCUAGGACUUGUUAUGCAUGUCGAGCCUCUUUCUUGGUGAUCAAUUUUAUCUGAUGUAGGAUUAAGUUAAGAAGAAAGUUACAGGUUUUCAGAUCGAAAUAUGGCAGCAUAUAAUGCAGUAUUUGCUUGUCGAUUAGAGUCAUGCACAUAUAGACUAUCUGUUUGGGACUCUCGGAGUUUUAAGAGUCGAUUAUUGGAGACGGUUGGUGAUAUGAUUCGAUGCUGUUAAUUGUAGUGUAGAUGUUUGCACCGCUUGUUAUCAUCCAACUUUUGAAAAUCUUAGGUAAUCUUCAGGUAGUUAUUCUCUUGUGUACAUCUUCGUCUAUUGUAGUUCCAUCGUACUCCUUCCCAUUAGUUUUUAUGUAAGCUCCGUUGGACCUUUGUUUUAAGUUCCACUUUGAUAAGUCAAUCAGCUUCUCUUCUUAGCACUUAUAAACAGCCUUGAGCGAUCUCAUGUCCCCCAAUAAAUUUAGUUCUUCAUGAAUGAAUACCGAAAUUCCCUGUAGAACUAUUUAAUGCGCAUCACUUGGUCAACAAACAGUAGUCAAGGUAUUUUUUAUUACUGUUAGGCAGAAUCUGUUAGCCAAAUCUUCGAGGUAUUUUGUUUGCUUCUAAUUUUUUAAAAUAUUUUCUUCUUUCAGAAUUCUACAUUUAAAACGUAAUAUGGGUGGCGUCAUGAGCUAAGCACUUAGCAUUCUGUCAAGAAUAUUCCUAUGUUAUUUAUCAACUGAUGACAAACCAAGUUGUUUUAAAAUAUGAAAAGUUAGAAAAAAUUGGAGAAGGAACAUACGGAAAAGUCUACAAGGCGAGAAAUCGAGAAACACAUGAAGUUGUUGCACUUAAACGUGUUAGAUUAGAAAAUGAUGAUGAAGGUAUUCCUAGUUCAGCCUUUCGAGAAAUAUGUCUUCUGAAGGAAUUAAAGCACAAAAAUAUUGUCAGGCUUUUUGACGUUUUGCUCAGUGAUUCAAGGCUAACAAUCGUUUUUGAGUAUUGUGAUCAGGAUUUGAAAAAGUAUUUUGACAGCUGUAAUGGUGAAAUAGAUCAGAACACUGUAAAGCUUUUUAUGUUCCAACUAUUACGUGGUUUACAGUUCUGUCACAGUCAUAAUGUUUUACAUCGGGACUUGAAACCGCAAAAUCUUUUGAUCAAUGAUAAUGGAGAAUUAAAGUUGGCCGAUUUUGGUUUAGCUCGCGCUUAUGGCAUACCUGUACGACAGUAUUCAGCAGAGGUUGUUACACUCUGGUAUCGACCACCGGAUGUUCUUCUUGGCGCUAAACUCUAUACAACUUCAAUUGAUAUGUGGUCAGCUGGGUGUAUUUUUGCUGAAAUGUCUAAUGCUGGAAGAACUCUUUUCCCUGGCUAUGAUGUUGAAGAUCAAUUGCAGAGAAUUUUCAAACUGCUAGGCACUCCAACUGAAUCGACAUGGCCAUCUGUUGUUGAACUACCAGACUAUGAACCAUUUACUGUGAUAUAUCCUCGGACAAUGAACUGGCAUCAAGUUGUUCCUAAAUUAUCAUUUCGUGGUCGUGAUUUGCUACAGCAACUUGUUGUUUGUAAUCCAGCCGAUCGAAUAUCAGCAGAUCAAGCAUUAAAACAUCCAUAUUUUGAAAGUAUCCUGUGAUCAUGAGUUUAUUAUUAUUAUUUUCAUCACCAGCACUCACUCCUAUUACUAGUUCAUCAAAUGAAGAUUGCCAAUUCUCGAGAGAGAGAUAAUUCAGUCUCUCAGAUAUAGAUAGAUCUAGAAUUGUGAAAACAAUUGCAUUUUCAUUUUGAUGUGUAUGCUUUCUGUAUUAUUCGGAUUCUUCUUCUUCUUCUUAUUGUUAUUAUCAAUACUAUUCAAUACAGAUGUACAAAUUCUUGUUGUCGUCAAUUUUAU